AGCGUGACAUCCUUGAUAAAGGAAUGAUGAGCUGGGACUGUAGCUGCAGACAAGUGACGCUCAGAAGCCAAAAGCUUCUGUAAGUACCAGGUCAGCACAAGAUCCAAGCCAAAGCAAUGGCAUUGUCCCUGGAAGAAUUCAUCCACUCCCUUGACCUCAGGACCCUCCCCAGGGUCCUAGAAAUCCAGUCAGGCUUCUAUUUUGAAGGUUCUGUUUAUGAAAUGUUUGGAAAUGAAUGCUGUUUGUCAACAGGAGAAGUGAUUAAAAUUACUGACCUCAAAAUUAAGAAAAUCAUGGCUGAAAUUUGUGGGCACGUUGAAGGUUGUGUGUCUCCACAAUCAUUUGAACUGCCUAUGAAUUUUCCAGGUCUUUUUAAGAUUGUGGCUGAUACAACUCCAUACCUCACUAUGGAAGAGAUUACAAAAGCCAACCAUAUUAGACCAAGUAGACUGAAUCAUCCUUGCUUCUAUCAUCAGAAGGAUAUAAAACUAGAGAAUCUCAUCAUAAAGCAAGGUGAGCGAAUCAUGCUCAACUCAGUGGAAGAGAUCAAUGGAGAAAUAAUGGUAGACUGUAGUGUGCUAAGGAAUCAUCAAAAUCACUCAUUUGCUUUGCCUUUGUCACAAGAAGGAGAGUUCUAUGAGUGUGAAGAUGAACAUAUUUAUACCCUAAAGGAAAUUAUCCAAUGGAAGAUCCCCAAGAACAGAACACGAACUGUGAUACUUACAGGUUUUUCAGCUAAGUGGGACUCAACAAAUCCAUUCCCUAGAGGCUUUUAUGGAGCUGUUAUUCUCAAGCCUGUUUAUGAAAUUCAAGGUGUAAUGAAAUUCCGAAAGGAUAUAGUCCGUAUCCUCCCCAGUUUAGAUGUUGAAGUCAAAGACAUUACCGACAGCUAUGAUGCCAACUGGUUUCUUCAGGUGUUAUCUACACAAGAUCUUUAUGAAAUGGCCAAUAAAGAGUUCCCCAUAGUAGCUGAAGUCAUAGAAGCACCCCAAGGAAACCAGCUACCCAUAAGCAUUUUACAGCCUGGGAAAACCAUUGUGAUCCACAAAAAGUGCCAGGCAUCAAAGAUCUUGGCUUCAGAAAUUAGAAGCAAUUCCUCUAAAAGACACUUCUUGAUCCCCGCUAGCUAUAAAGGCAAAUUCAAGCGGCGACCUCGAGAGUUCCCAACCCCCUAUGACCUUAAGAUAGCAAAGAGUGAAAAGGAGCCUCUGCAUGUGGUGGCCACCAAAGCCUUUCAUUCCCCCUUUGAGGAGCUGUCAUCUGUCUCUGUCGGGGAUGAGUUUCUAGUGCAUCACUCACAGACAACUGAAGUCUUCUGUGAAGGAAUUAAAAAAGUGAUGGAUGUUCUGGUUUGUGAAAAAAUCCUCAAAAAUUCCCAUGAGGCAGCACUGCUCCCUUUGUACAUGGAUGGAGGAUUUGUAGAGGUGAUCCAUGAUAAGAAACUGUACCAGAUUUCUGAGCUUUGUGCACAGUUCCACCUGCCCUUCAAUGUGAAGGUGUCUGUGAGAGAUCUUUUUAUUGAAAAAGACAUUUUGGCUGCUACACCAGGACUACAGUUGGAGGAAUCUAUCACUAACUCUUAUCUACUCAUAAGUGAUUUUGCCAACCCCAAGGAGUGCUGGGAAAUUCCUGUUGGCCGUGUGAAUAUGACUGUUCAGUUAGUUAAUAAUUUUUCUGGGGAUACAGGAUCAUUUCUAGUCAGUACUCUGGUCGAAGAGAUCACUGAAGAACAGUAUUACCUGAUACGGAGAUAUGAAAGCUCCUUCUUGCACCCCCCACCUCGCCCUCCGAAACAUCCCUCAGUGGAGAAAAUAGAGUUAACUUCGCUAAGCCUAGCAAAAGAAAAGACAGUGGAUCUGCCUAAGUCUCCCAAGAGUGUCCACGUAGACAGAUCCAAGAAACUGUACUCAAAUCAAGCUGGUCUGGACUCAAAAGUACGAGCUGGUUGUCAAAAUGAUUUGGCUGAUCUGGAGAAAGAGAAGAGAAAGACUGAGGCAACUUCAGUAACAGAAAUCUUCAAAACUGAAGAACAUCAAAAAUAAUGAGAUGUGACAGAAGCCACUUGGGCAGUGAACAUAAAUGUUGCAAUGUAAAAGCAAGCCUAGCCUUCUAGCUGAAAAAUAGCCCCAAAAGGAGUCUGGACCAUUGCAAAGGCAAAGACAACAUUAAAAGUUUUAACAGAUAAAACUUAAAGAGAAACCUAGGAUAUAAAGUUCACAGUCUAUACUGUUGUGCCAAAAUCUACAUGUAUUUUUUUGUUGUUGUUGUUUCUUGGGACAUGUUUGUUUAAUGUGCACAUUUUUUUGUGAUUUCUAUUCCCACUACUGACAAUUAAGCAAUUGAAAAUUACUUUUGUACUUUAGUUUCUUAGUGAAAAAUUUUAAAAUAGAAUAAAAGCUCACCAAAUAACUUCACUUUCCUUAGAAUUUGUUUUUCCAUUUUUUUAAGUGUUAUCAUCAUUAUUGUUAAAAAUAACAAAAAAUAAUUAUAUGAGAGUGAUCUAAAAUAACCAGGUUUCAAGUCACUGUAUGGCAAAACCAGGACAAUAUUGUAAAGUAAAAUAAAUAAAUUAAUUAAUUAAAAAUAAAUAAAUUAAAAAAAAUUUUAAAUAAAUAAAAAAAUAAAAUAACCAGGUUUCUUAUGUGAUUCCCUUGGAGCUGUGGAAAUAAGUUUGACUUCACAUUUUCAUUUAGUUUUAGAAAUACGUAGCGAAAAGUGUGUUUGACACUUAACAGUCAAAACACUGUGAAUUACAGGAAGUUCCCAUAACUUUUCCCUCUGUGCCUUAAUAACCAGAGUUCAUUACUGCAAUAUCACCAAAGAUCUGAUAAUAUGCUUUAUUAAUUUAUGUAGUGUACACAUAAAUGUUUAUUAGGAUUGUAUGGAAGCCAUUUCCUUUAUAUAUCAUUUAUGUAUUAAGUAUACAGGGACAACAUUAUUUUGCCUCUAACAAAAUGGCAUGACAGAGAAUUAUACAGGAAUUAUGCAUGUGUGCUGUUUUGUUCAAUUCUUGUGACCCCAUGGACUAUAGCCCUCCAGGCUCCUCUGCCAUGGAAUUUUCCAAGCAAGAAUUUUCCUGGGGUGGUUUGCCAUUUACUCCUCCAGUGGAGCUUCCCAACCCAGGAAUCAAACCUGUGUCUCCUGUAUCUCCUGCAUUGGCAGGCGGAUUCUUUACCACUGAGCCACCUGGGAAGCCAUACAGGUAUUAUACAGGAAUUUAAUGGCCCACUUUGGACUUGGUUCAUAGGUAGUGCUGUAUACAAAAAUAUAGGCAAUCUCAUAUCUCCUAAUUAUUUUAUAUUAUGUAUAGGAAUUAUUCACUCUUUUAGUACUAGUUUAUGAAGACAAAUCAUGAAACAACUUUUUAACAGAAAAAAAUUACAAUGAGAAAUUUUCAUAAAUGCUUAUAUUCUUUCUUAACUUGCUUCUCUGUACCUUUUUUUUCUUCCUUUUUGAGUGGAAAUGGACUCUGAUUUCCAGUACCCUAAGGAUUAUUGGGUAUGAUUUGAUAUGAUUUGAUAUGGUAAUAUAUUGUUAUUUAUGAUUUCUGAAAUUUUCUGAUGUUUCACUUUUAUGUAUUUUCAUUGUUUGUGCCCAUAAAAACAAGAACUUUUAAAAGAUUAUGUCCCCACGUUUGAUUAUUGAAGUCUACUGAGAAUCCUUUCUCAACAACUUUGGCAAAUUCUUGAAACUCACACAGGCCAGUUUGUUAAUUUUCAAAUAAUAAUGGUUAGUAUUUUUAUACGUUAUAUGAGAACAAUUAGUCUGUACUUUUAGUAAGUACAAUUCUUUGAUUAGAUUUUCAAGAGAAUGCAUGUCUUAGUUCAGUUGUAAAUCGUCAAGAGCUGUCUAGUGUGAAUCAUAUAUAAGGUUUCUAAUAAUGCAAGUCCUUUUAUGUACUGUGUUUCUGGCUUCCUUGAAUUUGAAAGAUAUAAUAUACUUCAUGAUCACCUAUGGAAGAUUUUGGAAGACUGAAAAUAAAUUUUGUUUUGCA